AGGGUGGGGCGGUUAACUGCCUUCCCAGGCGUGUGCGCGGCGUCGCGGGCGAAGCAGAUCCCAUUGUAAAGGGAUCGGCUCCUUUAAACCAGGAGGAGAGGGCUGGGCUGAGGACCGGGCUGCCGCUGCUCGCAUUCGCUCCGAGGCCGAGAGGGGACGGGCCCGGCCAUGCAAAUCCGAGCUGCUGAUCGCUGACGCGCCAUCACCCCACGCGCCGCUGCGCCCGCCGAUUGGCGGAGUCGGGCCUGGUCCCAUUGACAACAAACAAGGGGGCGCGCGGGGAAUCCCGGCCCGCCCCUUCCGCGCGCCGCCGGGGCUCAGCGCAAACAUGGCGGCGGCUGGCACUGGCCGGUGAGGCGGUCCCGGGCGGGUGCUGUCGGGUGUCAUGGGCGGUGGCGACGGCACCGCCCCCGCGUCUCCCUGAGCGGGAGGGCAGGGGUAUCUGCGCCGAGCCGGGCGAUGGACGAGAGCGGCGAUCUGGGCGGUCUGGAGACCAUGGAGACGCUCACGGAGCUGGGCGACGAGCUGACCCUGGGGGACAUCGACGAAAUGCUGCAGUUUGUCAGCAAUCAGGUGGGAGAGUUCCCAGACCUGUUCUCCGAGCAGCUGUGCACCACCUUCUCAGGCAGCAGUGGCGGCGGCAGCGGCAGCAGCAGCAGCGGCAGCAGCGGCCGAGGCAGCAGUGCUGGCGCCAUGGACCCCUCCGUGCCCCCGCGCUCCUUCAGCCAGGCCCCCUUACCUUCCUUCUCUUCGGCGGCCUCCUCCUCCCAGGCCCCUGCUCUGCAAGUGAAGGUCCCUGCCAGCACGGUUCCCACGCCUCCCAGGGCGGCGCCUGUCCUCCAGCCCCGCCCCCAGCCCGCGCCCCCAGCCCCUGCGCCCCUGCAGCAGACCGUCAUGAUCGCCCCGACCACGUUCAGCACCGCCCAGCAGACGCGGAUCCUCCAGCAGCCCCUGAUCUAUCAGAACGCAGCCACCAGCUUCCAAGUCCUUCAGCCUCAAGUCCAAAGCCUGGUGACAUCCUCCCAAGUCCAGCCGGUCACCAUCCAGCAGCAGGUGCAGACGGUACAGGCUCAGCGGGUACUGACCCAGACCGCCAACGGAACGCUGCAGACGCUCGCCCCCGCCACUGUGCAGACGGUGGGCGCGCCCCAGGUGCAGCAGGUCCCGGUCCUGGUCCAGCCUCAGAUCAUCAAGACCGAUUCCCUCGUCCUGACCACCCUUAAGACAGAUGGCAGCCCCGUCAUGGCCGCCGUCCAGAACCCGGCCCUCACCGCACUCACCGCCCCGAUCCAGACGGCCGCCCUGCAAGUCCCGACCCUGGUGGGCAGCAACGGGACCAUUCUGACCACAAUGCCCGUGAUGAUGGGGCAGGACAAAGUGCCCAUUAAGCAGGUGCCCGGGGGCGUCAAGCAGCUGGAGCCCCCCAAGGAAGGAGAGCGGCGGACAACUCACAACAUCAUUGAGAAGCGCUAUCGCUCCUCUAUCAACGACAAGAUUAUCGAGCUCAAGGACCUGGUCAUGGGCACAGAUGCCAAGAUGCACAAGUCCGGCGUGCUGAGGAAAGCCAUCGAUUACAUCAAAUACCUGCAGCAGGUCAACCACAAGCUGCGCCAGGAGAACAUGGUGUUGAAGCUGGCGAACCAGAAAAACAAGCUCCUGAAGGGCAUCGACCUAGGCAGUCUGGUGGACAGCGAUGUGGACCUGAAGAUGGACGGCUUUAACCAGAAUGUCCUUCUGAUGUCCCCUCCGGCCUCUGACUCGGGGUCCCAAGCUGGUUUCUCCCCCUACUCCAUCGACUCUGAACCCGGAAGUCCCCUGUUGGAUGAUGCAAAGGUCAAAGACGAGCCCGACUCGCCGCCCGUGGCACUGGGCAUGGUGGACCGCUCUCGCAUCCUGCUAUGCUUCCUCACCUUCCUCUGCCUCUCCUUCAACCCUCUGACCUCCCUGCUACAGUGGGGCGGGACCCACGACACCAGCCAGCACAACCCCGCAGGUUCCAGCCGCACCAUGCUCUCCUUGGAGUCAGAUCCCGUGAGCUGGCUGGACUGGGUGAUGCCGACGCUGCUCCUGUGGCUGGUGAACGGCGUGAUCGUCCUCAGCGUCUUCGUGAAGCUGCUGGUCCAUGGAGAACCGGUGGUCCGGCCACACUCACGCUCCUCUGUCACCUUCUGGAGGCACCGGCGACAGGCAGACUUGGACCUGGCCAGGGGGGAUUUCGCAGCUGCCGCCACCAACCUGCAAACAUGCCUGUCCGUUUUGGGCCGGGCACUGCCCGCCUCCCGCCUGGACCUGGCCUGCAGCCUGUCCUGGAACGUGAUCCGCUACAGCCUGCAGAAACUGCGCCUGGUGCGCUGGCUGCUCAAGAAGGUGUGCCAGCACCGGUGGGCACCUGCCACCGCAGCCGGCUUCGAGGACGAAGCCAAGGCCAGCGCCCGGGACGCGGCCCUGGCCUACCACAGGCUGCACCAGCUGCACAUCACAGGGAAGCUCCCGGCCGGGUCUGCCUGCUCGGACGUCCACAUGGCCCUGUGUGCCGUGAACCUGGCCGAGUGCGCCGAGGAGAAGAUCCCGCCCAGCACUCUGGUUGAGAUCCACCUGACUGCUGCCGUGGGGCUUAAGACCCGGUGUGGAGGCAAACUGGGCUUCCUGGCCAGCUACUUCCUCAGUCGAGCCCAGAGCCUUUGUGGCCCCGAGCACAAUGCGGUGCCUGAUUCCUUACGCUGGCUCUGCCACCCGCUGGGCCAGAAAUUUUUCAUGGAGCGGAGCUGGUCGGUGAAGUCUGCCGCCAAGGAGAGUCUGUACUGCGCCCAAAGGAACCCAGCUGACCCCAUUGCCCAGGUCCACCAGGCCUUUUGCAAGAACCUGCUGGAACAAGCCGUAGAGGCCCUGGUGAAGCCACAGGCCAAGAGGAAGCCGGGAGAGCAGGAGGAAGACAGCUGUGAGUUCUCCGGUGCUCUGGAGUACCUCCGGUUGCUGCACUCCCUCCUGGACUCAGUGGGGCCAACGACCCCACCUUUCUCCAGCAGCUCAGUACUGCAGUCAGCCCUGGGCCCUGACCUCGUCUGCCGGUGGUGGGCAGCCGCUGUCACCAUGGCCAUCAGCUGGCUCCGGGGAGACGAUGCAGCUGUGCGUUCCCACUUCACCCAACUGGAGCGCAUUCCCAAGGCCCUGGAAGUGACUGAGAGCCCACUGGUGAAGGCUGUGUUCCACGCCUGCAGAGCCCUGCACGCCUCGCUCCCGGGGAAGGCCGACGGGCAGCAAACCUCCUUCUGCCAUUGCGAGCGGGCCAGUGGCCACCUGUGGAACAGCCUCAACGUCAGCGGGGCCGCCCCCGAGCCAGGCCUCAGCCACGUGUUCCAGCUGCUCACGUGCGACCUGCUGCUGUCACUGCGGACGACCCUCUGGCAGAAGCAGGCCAGCGCUAGCCAGGCCUUGGGUGAGACCUACCAUGCUUCAGGCACCGAGCUGGCAGGCUUCCAGCGGGACCUGGGUAGCCUGCGCCGACUGGCACACAACUUCCGGCCAGCCUACCGCAAGGUGUUUCUGCAUGAAGCCACUGUGCGCCUGAUGGCCGGUGCCAGCCCUACCCGCACACACCAGCUGCUGGAGCACAGCCUGCGACGCCGCAGUCCCCAGGGCACCAAGCAUGGAGACGUGGAUACUUGGCCCGGCCAGCGAGAACGGGCCACCGCCAUCCUACUGGCCUGCCGUCACCUGCCCCUCUCCUUCCUCUCCUCCCCGGGCCAGCGGGCAGUACUAUUGGCUGAGGCUGCCCGCACCCUGGAGAAGGUGGGCGACCGACGCUCCUGCACCGACUGCCAGCAGAUGAUUGUCAAGCUGGGCGGGGGCACUGCCAUUGCCGCCUCCUGACCGCCCGGCCCGGCUACCACCUUCCAUCUCUAUGUCCACCCCUCCCGGGUGCCCCAUCUGUCCCUGUCCCCCACCAUGCCGAGGGCUGCAGGGACGGGCCUCCCACUUUGAGCCGUCAGCACCCAAGGCCUUCGGGUCAUGUCAGGCCAGUGUGCCCCGGGCACUGCUGCUGUCCACAACUUCCCACGAGGUAGGAACUGGGCAUCCUAUGGGGAAGCAGGUGGUGGCCCAGGCUGCCUCGAAAACCCAUCCCCUGUCGUUGCCUGCGAGGGAGGGCGGGGGUCUCCAUGCCCGCCAUGCGCCUCCCCAUUUUAUACAAAGGUUUUUAUAUCUAGUGCGUGCUUGGGCAAAGUGGCUACAAUGGUUCAUUUCUGCAACACACAUACACCUGGGUGCUCCAUGCCUUGUCCUGUCUCAUGGACAGCAGGCAAGCUGGGGGAGAUGGGGCAGGCCCGAAGAUGGAUGAAAUUGUGUUGGCAUUAUUUUUUAAUUUUUUUAAUAAACGGUAUAUUAUUUAA